CUCCCUUGUAGCAGGCAGACGACAUUCGUAGAAACAUGAGUCUUUUUUGGUGAAUGUGUUGCCAAUACCCCAUGUUCCACAACGUGUUUUGAAGUAAAGAGGAAUCUUCUUCUACGCUAAGUAAUCAGUAUCAAACUAAGGGAUUUAGUGGACCGAAGCACAUGCUCCACUUACGACAGAUGAUUCCGAGAAAACACUGAUUAUCGUAUGUCAUUAUCAGUACAGAAAGCUUGUUUAGUCAAGGACGAAUUAAAUUCCGGUCUACAUAGUGACAACAAUGUUACACUGUCAAAUCAAAGUCAUUUCCAGGAAUGUUUUAUCUUUGAUCAUUAGGCCCCAAAGGUAUUGCACUAAAUGUGUAGCUCGACAUAUACGUUUGAAGAAUGAAUGUCUUAAGAAAGAUGAGACUAUGCUCAACUCCAAAAUGGUCUGUGCAAAGUACAAGGAAAGACUAACUUCAGCACGCAGGAAUCAUUCAACUGUGACAAAAGCUUCAUCUCUGUAUGGCAUUGGCUCAUCAGAUGAUCGCCAGGAAGCAUCAGUGAAAAUUGAUCUUGAUUUGGAUGCUAGACUUUCCGAUGACAAUAUUAGAUGUCUUAGAGAGAAUCUAUUAGCAAGAGGCAUUUUGUUUGAUUUAGAGCAGCUGGUGAAAGACUACAAAGUCUUCAAAAAUUUAUCUCAACAAAAAGACAUACUUUUAGAUGAGCGCACCAAUGUCGCUAGAGCAAUGGCUGAUAUUGUCAGAGGAAAGUCUCCUAAUGAUAUAAAUGCUAAGGAAUUAUUGAUCAGUCAAGGAGCAGAAAUAAAGGAGAAGCUGAAAUCAACAAUGGCUGCAUGGUGGAAGGCGGAGGAGAAUGUGCUGUCCAGAGCCUUGCAGCUACCAAACAGACUUCAUGCUGAAACUCCAUUGUCCGAAGAGAAAGUACUAGAAAGGUGCCAAGGAACCAUUGAGAUGAAAGGUGAACCAGCUAGUCACCUUCAGUAUGCUGAGAAGCUUGGACUUCUAAAAUUCAGUGGUGUUGGGCCUCGAGCGACAUACCUGAUGGGAGAACUAGCAGAAAUGGAAGGUUUACUUGUUCAACAUGUGACCAGUCAACUACUGUCAGCUGGGCUUCAGCAAAUAGCUUGCCCAGAGAUCUUUAGGACUCUAGUUGUGGAAGGUUGUGGGCUUGAUUAUGACAGUCCUAAUGAGGUUUUCACUCUAUAUCAAAAAGAAGAUCACCUGAAGGCUAAUGCAUUCCACCUGAAAGGCAAUUCACUGCUGUCCUAUGCAGCAUUCUUGACAAAACAACAGAUUAAGACUUUGUACUUGCCGCUAAAGAUGUUUGCUGUUGGCCGUCACUACAAACCUCCUGUCUGUGAAGAUUUUCCAGGACUGUAUGGAACUAUUCAGUCCAACAGAAUAACAGUAUUUACAGCUUGCAAAGAUGCAUCUGAAGCCACAGACACUCAGAACUUAUUGACACAUUUUAUUUGGACUAUGAUAAAAAAUCUAGGCCUUCCUGCGAGACUUAUUCUUGUGGAACCAUCUUCCUUAACAGUAUCUGAAAGCCUUCGUGCAGAAAUACAAGUCUGGGCUCCUUCACUAAAAACUUUUGUACAGGUGGCAGCAGUCAGUAACCAUGGCGACUACGUAAGUCGCCGAUUGAUGACUUUUCACAGCGGAGAAUCACACACCAAAGACAAAAGUUAUGUGCAUAUGGUUAGCGGCGUGGCGUUGGACGUCACCAUGUUCCUGGCUUCUCUACUGGAGCACUCUUACCAAGAGGGAACGUUCCACCUUUUUCAGCCAUCGUGCCUAGCGACGCGGCAACCUAAAGUGUGAUUCAAGUGUUUGAUCUCCCGAAAGACUUCAUUCGGCCAUGUCAUCUUUAAACAUUAACGACUGGAUGUUUUCAACGACCUAGUGAGUGGCUACUAGCAAGCAUCAGAUCUUGCUCUAUAAAGGUCCACCAAGAUAUUGGGACAAAAUAUUUACCAUGUCAUCAUCUCCUUUAAUAAAACAAAUAAGUCCUUUGUUAAAGAGAGUUUUAAUUCCGUAUUCUUCCAAAAACUGUUUAGGGUGGUCCGAAGGCGCAGCGGUUAUUGCCUGUCACCAAUACAGUGAAGGUUGGCUGUCCUGGGUUCAGCUCUCGUCUCGGGCACGCUGUUCUUUCUCUGUAUGUUGCAUCUGUUUACAUGGUUGGCUGCUGUGAUAUAGCAUUAGUUGCUGGCUGGGCGUAAAACGCCGAUUUCCCCUCCUCCAGGAACUGUAUAAUUAGGUCGUCGUCACAGACUUUCAUUAUCACAGACUUUAGAGCUUCUGUUGAAAUAUAUUUUGUCAGACGGUAAACAAGUUUCUUUGUUGAACUUCACACUGUCUUCCUUAGAUUACGCACCUCUCUGGAUUACAGGGACAUUGCGUCCAGCUCAGUUUUGUACUACAGAACACGUUCUGUGCAAGCUUUCGUUAAGUCCAUGCUUUCUAUGGUAUCAAUAUUAGUUUCUUAAAACGAAAUUUAGUACAUACAGUUUUUUUUUAGCUGUAGACAACUAUAUAGGGAUAAUUAAUUUGGCAUUGAGUCAGAGUUUGCAACAACAAAAAUUUCCGGAAACCGCUUCAGAAUGAAGGAGAUACAAAAAUAUUGAUAGUGAUGUACGCUAGUCACCAAGUUGUAAAAUUCGAAAUUUUUAUUAUUUUUAAGGGAACAAAGUCUAAAGUUCACGCAAACACUUUUACAUAAAAUAAAUUGUGGUCGACUUCGUUUCGUGUCUUAAAACUCGACUGACAUUUAAAUAUGACCCAUGCAGAAUUUUUUCUCUCUCGGAGAGAGAUUGGGCUGCUAGUGGCUCAGUAGGGUCAAUUAAAUGUGUGGGCACAGAGCAUUCACCGCCAUCUACAUGACACUACGCCACCGCCACAAGGUCUGCCUGUACCCGACAGACAACGAAAACAUUUCGAUCGAGUAGACGGCGUAUUACCUGGUUGUUUUAAAGCAAACAGUUAGUGUAUGUGUAAACGCGGUGUUGGGAUGUGGAACAAAAGUAAUCUUUGCGCUGCUCCAGCCAGAAGCUUGGAUUUAAAAGUAAAAAUGUGUUUUUGUUCUUUCUCAAUUUUAUAGUAUUAGUGUAUACGUAAGCAUGCUUGUUAGCUUUGUGUGUGUGUGUAAAAACUGCUUAUGGGAUAUCACAACACGUUUGUCACUAAAUCUCGCUGUUGGUUGGACCCUAAGUAGCCCUAGGGGCCAACACACUGAGAGACAGCCGCUAACACGGUGACUGUUCUGUCUGCUGAAAACGGGAAACUUUAACGGUGGGUUUGGAGUUGAGGGGGGGUUGGUGUUGUACGCCGAACCGGCAACUAAGACUAUAUCAUGGCAAGGCAGCCCUGUAGAGGGAAAACCAGCAACAGGCGUGUUUGUGUGUCGGGUAUUCUUAUCGGACAGAUGUCCUGACAAGGGUGAAUGACGCUUGAGCUAUUCAGUCUGUCCGUGUCUGGAAACCCCGCCUGGUUUUUUAGUGAAACCCAGCUGGUGUGUGGCGAUUUUGUCAAUUAUUCAGCGCACACUCGUCGGAUGUGGAUGACGGGAAAGAGAGUCAGGUAAAGAUUAAUAUUGUGUUAUAAAUGUCGUAAAGGUAAAUUUUAAAAGGCAAGAGAAAGGUUAGUAUUAUCUACUCCCCCGAUUGUAAAUGCCUAAAAACUCAAGAAGACAACAAAAAACAGCUGAGGUGCAAACGAUACGAGUAGAGGUCUCAGUGCUGACAGCCAAACUCAACAUAUGUGGUCGACAUUUUGUUUCAUGAUUUUCAGACAAAUGACGAGUUUAAUCAGCUAUAUCCCAUCGUGGAUAUAAAGGUCAGUGAAAACAUUAAAGUCACCUCGGCGAGCAAAACAACCGCUAACAGUGUCAUCUCCAACAUUUUUCCAGGCUGGGAGACAAGAUGCCUGCCCUACCCUCAGCAUGUUGAAAAUUGGCAUUGUUGCAAGAUUGACAUUAACAAAUAUCCACAAAGCUGUCGCACAAUAAACAGUUUUAUUACAGGACUACUCUACCUGCUCACGAUGAUGUCUCUCAAAAACGGGGUGGUUAGAGCGCUGGCGUCCGAGCUGAGAAGCGCUGGUUCGAUACCCUGCAGGCGGAAACAAGUACCUGACUCCACAGAGGAUUGGGGAAGGUUAGGAAGCGAGGAAGAGGAGAUGAGAGCCAGACUCGAAUAAAGCUGGCCCCGAGAAAAGCGAGGUCUGUAACACCUCAACCACCUGAAAAGGUUAUAAGACGACCUUUAUCUCGAAAACUGAAGAGGGUAGUCACCAGCAUCGUUGAAAAUAACCUUUUGAGCUCUACCUAGCAACAAAAU